AUGCCCGAAUUCGUAAAGGCGUAUGUAUUCCUACUGUGGGUUCUCCUCCUUCAUGAAUAUUCAUGCGUACCAGGAUGCGCCUUGUUUAACUGCGAAAACCAGUAUCUCCUUGACUGCCAAACUGUAACCACCUGUGGGUUCCGUGCGGGAAGACCCACAACGACAACCCCCGUACCCCCACCAAAUACUGCCUGGAAACCAACCUACGCCGCCGAGAUCUACUCACGUUUCGCUGGGUUCGGCGAGUUGCCGCACUUUUCGGCGUUCAAUCAGCAUGGCCAACCCUGGCACGUGGUUCGGAGUGGAACUGGAUGCCCAUCUUCAACUUUUCGAGUAUUAGGUUCGGCAGUGUAG